CGGCAACCCAGUUUUUUGACGUCCAUCUUGGACAAGUACAAGCAGAGGGCAUCAUGAGUCAAGUAGCUCGACCAGCUGUAAAUGCUUUGGCCCACGCAAAACACAUAGGUCUCUUCGGUGUACCUUCCACCGUAACUGCUGGCGAUAUACGAAGGCUGAUAACAAGAAGCGGAGUCCAAGGCGUCUCAAACAUUGCUAUCCAAUAUACGCACAGGUAUCACCGUACAGGCAAUGUCUACCUCACAUUGUCGCUUCCAAAUUUCCUCCGUGACAACCUACGAGCCUUGGAGGACGCGACAAUAUCUGGAAUAACUCUGAAAGCAGAGGCAUCUGUAUCAUUACCUGAUAAAGAUUACCGCUAUGGUGAUGGCAUCGGCACAUCUGUGGUUGUGCAGGGUCCACCGGGAAAGGCUGAUGUGCAUUUACUCCGAGAAAUGCUGAGAGGUUACACCUUGUAUCCUGGCCCCGAACCUAUCACCCAAAUUUCACUACCCAAGGGAGGUUUCUCAAGAGUUUCACGUUUUCUUGUGCAUUUUGCAACGGCUUCGGAUGCGCACCGUUUUGUACGGGACAUUCAAGGAGUAAUCACAGAUAAUUCUCGUGACUCGAUGGUCCAGAGAGCACCAUACCGAGCCAAUGUUGUGUACUAAUAUUGAGUACAAUAAACUUUCGUUACAUUCGCUCUGCCUCGAGGUCUUCAUCUAACCGAAAGCGCUGGCC